UUUAGAUUGAGUCGUGAAGUUAAGAAAAAAAGAAACAACCUAAUUUGUUAGACAGGAAAGAUGAGACAAGACUGUCUGACAGUUUUGUCGGUGGUAGCCGUGUUGAGUUAUUUAUGUUUGGUCAAAGGAACAGAGGGCAGUGACAUAUUACGACGAUUCAUAUACGGAGAUGCACAUCAUUCGACCGGUUGUCUCCAUGGAUGUUUACACGGUUUAUGUGUGACUCAUUUGGAUACAGCACAGUGUAGAUGCGAUCAUGGUUGGACCGGAAGUAGGUGUGACGUUCAUAUAGAUUGCCACCAUACAUGCUUACACGGUUCGUGUUCAUCAUUAAGUGGACACUCAUCAUUAAGUGGACACUCAUCAUUUAGUGAACACUCAUUAUUAAGUGGACACUGUAGAUGUCAUGAUGGCUGGACCGGAAGUGCGUGUGAUGAACCUGUAGAUUUUGGAACAUGUAGACACAAUUCUGAUUGUCACACAUUAAUCCGAUGUGAUUUAAACACCAGAGCGAUUUGUUACUUUGGGCAAAUGUGCGCAUGUGUUCCCAUUCAUGCCGAUCGACGAAUGCGUUUUGUCUAUAGCGGUGGAAAUGGCUAUGGCGUUGUUCAAAAUGGCGGCGGAGGGUCACAGUGUGGACCGUAUUACUGCACACAUGGAUCCUGCCAGUAUACAAAAAUGAACGGGGUUGAGACCCAUAGUUGUACCUGUUAUCCCGGUUGGCAUGGCGAACAAUGUGAUCAGCCAGUCCAAAGCUCAGGACAACUAGAUCCUUGCAAUAAUCACUGUGGUAAACAUGGUACGUGUACAAUGCAUCAUUCACAACAAGGACGUGAUUACUGGAGCUGCAAAUGUGAUAAUGGAUGGCACGGGGGUCACUGUGGAUAUCAAAACAUUGUUCCAACAACAACAACAACAACAACAACUACUACAACAUCAAAACCAGAUACCAUGAUGGUUCAAAAUAAUCAUAAUGACCAAGUGUGCAAUUACCAUGGUUAUUGGACUCAUUCGGGAUGCCAUUGUCGUGAUCAUUGGACCGGUGAUAAAUGUCAACAUCCCCCAGGUUCAGGACAACAAGACCAUUGUCAUAAUAACUGUGGUGAACAUGGAACGUGUACAAGACACCAAUCACAUCAUGGAAAUGUGUACUGGAGUUGUAAAUGUGAUUCUGGAUGGCACGAGGAAUUCUGUACAGUUAAAUACAUUGUGACUCAUACUACUCAUUGUCAUAAUACUUAUUGCGUGAAUGGAGACUGUACAUAUUUUGAAGACACAAAUGGUCAUCAAUGGCAUCAUCGUUGCAAAUGUCACCACGGCUGGGACGGUGACCAUUGCGACAAUAAAAUAACAACUAGUAGUCAGAGUCCAUCCACAACGACAUCAACAACUUCACCGACGACAACAACAAUAAAAACAACAACAGCAACCCCAACAACGACGACAAAGCAAACGACAUUACCACCUGCAUCAGCAACAUCUCCUGCUCUACCUACUUUGUCCGUGGUUCAUAUAUCUACAACAAACACUCCACAUCAAACUACUGCAAUUACAGUAUCUACAUGCAAUCACGUGGACACCCUCAGCGCAAUCGCACAACAGACUUCCGUUUCAAACCAAAAUGCGAUUGAGUGUUCUCCAGGAGUCCAUACCUCUCACGAGGCUCUGGUUCUCACGGACUGUUCAGUAUCACAAAGUUCAGCGCUUUGGAAACAAGGCACUAAUGUUAUGACUGCAUGUAGUUCAAAUGCCAUACCUAACUACACACCUAUUGCUGCCUUUGAUCAUAGCCAGUACUCAUCGAUAGGGAGUUUGUCUGGAAUAUUUCUAGGUUGCACCAGUGAUGGUUUCAAGAUGGUAGUACAGACUUGCGGACAAACACCUUACAUUGCCGAGCUUCACCUUGGUGGUAGUAACACACAGAAUCCAAAUAUGUAUUUUACAAUAUCGUAGACAAAUCAGACGCUCUGUUAUAUCGAAAAUAAACUGUUGAGACGAAAG